AUGGUUAUGAUUAAAAUCCAGAAUUACAUAAUUACUAGAAUAAGAUGUUAAAGUAAAUUAGAUAUUAUAUUUUAUUUCAUUUAAUUAUAAUAAAAUUCUUUUGAAAUAUUUAAUAAAAAUUUAAAUAAAAUUCAAAAUCAAUAUUGUGUCAAGAGAACGAUUAUUAAAAAGCAUCCAAGUUAAUAAGCAUUAUUAACAUAUUCUCAUCGUAAAAAAUUAUUGCCAUCGAAAAAAUCUAUUACAAAAGAAGAUUCAUAUAACCUAAACCAUAAUAUGGAGUUCAUUCAAAACCAAGUGAUUAUUCAUUUAAAGUAACUUAAUCAUAACCAUUUAAUUUUGAUAAAAAAGAAAAAGAACAUUCUAUUUCAAUUAAAGAAAGGAAAUUAUAAGAAAUGUUAGAUGAAAUGAAGAGAAAUAAUUCAUUCAAGAGUUUCAAGGCUAAAGAAAUAGCCUAAAUAGUUGAAUAAGUUGAUCUUUAUGAAAAAAUUUUCAAUGAUAAUGAAAAAAAGAAGAGAAGAAGUUAAGAAAAAUAGUGUAAAAAUUACCCUUUUAAAAUGAUAGACCAUUUUCAUUUUAUAAAAGAGAUUAGAAUUCAUCAAGAAAACAUUGGGAAGAAAGAGAAAAGUUUGUUUUUAAGGCAAAACAAUACCUUGGUAUGUACAUGUAGAAUUACUUAAAUAAAUGGAAUAAUAUGAAGAAACCAAGAGAAAAGAACGGAUUGUUAAACAUGCUUAAGAAUUA